AAAAGAGAUAUCGCAAUAAAACAAGUUGGCAUCCCAGUUUGUGCAGUAAAGAAUUUGUACAAUUCUAUAAUAAACAGUAACAAUGGAUAUAUUCAAAGGGCUUAAAAAAUCACUAUAUAUAUGGACAGACAGCGCUGAUUUGGAUCUGCGUGUGCAAAUCUUGAAGAAUUCAACUGGCGGCGAAGUAGCUUUGGAAAAUGUGCAUCGUCUUUCUUUUUCCUCUUACGCCAACUCAAGCUUCGACUUAAUUGUUAUAGAAUGCGCACAGCUGACUGACAAUUACGUAAAGCUACUGCAUAUGCUCAAGCCGAGUGGAAAACUUCACUUGAUUGCAUACAUUGGCACUGCAGCGAGUUUGUUGCAGGAAAUUAAGUUGUCCGGAUUUAUCAAUUGCAGCGAGGAUUCCGAGGCCAAUACGCUGACCGCUGAAAAGCCUGGGUAUGAGACUGGCUCUUCUGCUCGACUAUCAUUUGCCAAAAAGAGCACCAGCGUGAAUGUCUGGAAAAUUAGUGGCGACGACGAGGAAUUAAUCGAUGAGGAAGGUCUACUAGAUGAGGAGGAUAAACAGAAGCCAGAUCCUGCUGGUCUCCGAGUGUGCAGCACCACGGGCAAGCGCAAAGCAUGUAAGAAUUGUUCGUGCGGACUGGCCGAGGAGUUGGAAAGCGAAAAGUCCGCGAAAGCAGCAACUGAGAAUGUUAAGUCCAGUUGUGGCAACUGCUAUUUGGGCGAUGCAUUCAGAUGCUCCACUUGCCCCUAUCUGGGCAUGCCGGCAUUCAAGCCUGGAGAGAAAGUGCAACUGGCCGACAACUUACUGAAAUCGGAUAUUUAGAUAACACAAAACAGAAUGCAGCAUGUGGAUUUUUAGUUUUAUUAAGAAAAACGAAAUAAAUUGCUUGUAAAUAAAAAAAAAACUUUGUAAAUGGA